AUGGCUGGCAUAGCAUUUGGAAGGUUUGAUGAUUCUUUCAGUUUUGGGUCAAUUAAGGCCUAUAUUGCUGAAUUCAUCUCAACUUUACUCUUUGUUUUUGCUGGUGUUGGUUCUGCCAUAGCCUAUGGUAAGUUGACAUCAGAUGCAGCUCUUGAUCCAGCUGGUUUACUAGCAGUUGCUGUUUGCCAUGGUUUUGCACUGUUUGUUGCUGUUUCAGUUGGUGCUAACAUUUCUGGUGGCCAUGUUAACCCUGCUGUCACUUUUGGUUUGGCUCUUGGUGGACAGAUCACUAUCAUCACUGGUAUCUUCUACUGGAUUGCACAGCUUCUUGGCGCCAUUGUUGCAUGUUUUCUUCUCAAGUUUGUCACCGGAGGAUUGGAAACUCCAAUCCAUAGUGUGGCAGCUGAAGUAGGAAUUAUUGGAGGAGUAGUUACAGAAAUAAUCAUAACGUUUGGUUUGGUGUACACAGUUUAUGCAACAGCAGCAGAUCCUAAGAAAGGAUCAAUAGGCACAAUUGCACCCAUUGCUAUUGGUUUCAUUGUUGGUGCUAACAUAUUAGCAGCAGGCCCAUUCUCUGGUGGGUCGAUGAACCCAGCAAGAUCUUUUGGGCCUGCAGUUGUUAGUGGUGAUUUUCAUGACAACUGGAUCUAUUGGGUUGGGCCUCUUAUUGGUGGUGGGCUGGCUGGGCUUGUCUAUGGCAAUGUCUUCAUGCGUUCUUCUGAACACGCACCUCUUACUAAUGAUUUUUAA